CGCUCUCUUGCAAUAUACUACCACAAACAGAAACCACAGAAGAUAUCUUUUGAGAAGAAAAAAAAAAAAUUAGAAGCUUCUCCUCUUCCUCUGCCUUCUUCUUUCCAUUUAUUGCAAAACCCUGAUCAAUUAGUUUUUUGGGGAGAAAGAUGGGGAGAGGGAAGAUAGUUAUAAGAAGGAUCGAUAACUCGACAAGUCGACAAGUGACUUUCUCCAAGAGAAGGAGUGGUUUGCUUAAGAAGGCUAAAGAGUUAUCGAUCCUUUGUGAUGCUGAAGUUGGUGUUAUCAUCUUCUCUAGCACCGGAAAGCUCUACGACUACGCAAGCAAUUCAAGUAUGAAAACAAUCAUUGAGCGGUACAACAAAGUAAAAGAGGAGCAGCAUCAACUUCUGAAUCAUGCCUCAGAGCUAAAGUUUUGGCAAAGAGAGGUUGCAAGUUUGCAGCAGCAGCUCCAAUAUCUUCAAGAAUGCCAUAGGAAACUAGUUGGAGAAGAACUUUCUGGAAUGAAUGCUAAUGACCUACAAAAUCUUGAAGACCAGCUAGUAUCAAGUCUAAAAGGUGUUCGUCUCAAAAAGGAUCAACUUAUGACAGAUGAAAUCAGAGAACUCAAUCGUAAGGGGCAAAUCAUCCAAAAAGAGAAUCACGAGCUACAAAAUAUUGUAGAUAUAAUGCGUAAGGAAAAUAUUAAAUUGCAAAAGAAGGUUCAUGGAAGAACAAAUGCGAUUGAAGGCAGUUCAAGUGUAGCUCCAAUAAGCAAUGGAACCGCAACAUAUGCACCACCGCAACUUCAACUUAUACAAGUACAACCUCCAAGAGAAAAAUCAAUCAGACUAGGGCUACAACUUUCCUAGCAAAACAUGUUGGACAUGGAACAAUAUACGAAAAGAGGUUGUAUGUCGACAUCUUCAUUCUUCAGUAACAACCAAGCUGGAUCAUUUCAUUGUUGGUUUUGUAAUCCUGUCUACUACUUUGGAGUUUGUAUAUGGCAUGUUUCUCUUCGUCAAAUUAUUUGUCUAUGUACAUCAUAAAAUAAUGAUGGGAUGUGAGUGUCGAACAUACUAGACAUCAUUUUACCUUUUUUUUUUUUUUUUCAUAACGGGUACAUUAAAUGAACAAAAUCCAGUAAAAUUGGCAUUUU